AUGGCUUCCAUUGCGCGGUUACGAGCUGGCCUCCCUCGUACACAUAAAAUCCCUCUUGUUCGCUCGUUGCAAACAGCAGCAGACUCGACACAACUCCAGGAGGAUGCAUCACACUCAGAACCUUUCUCGGUCAAGCUUCAUGAAGACUCUUUUCGUGGUUACAAAACCGAUACCCCCGACCUGGAGUUGCAGGUCACGAAGGGGGGCCUUCUUGAUAUGUACAAACAAAUGAGUGUGAUGAGGCGCAUGGAACAAGCCGCGGAUGCUCUCUAUAAGCAGAAGCUUAUUCGUGGUUUCUGCCAUCUCGCUAUUGGACAGGAAGCUGUAUCGGUUGGGAUGUCAAACGUGCUCACACCUCAGGACAACAUUAUUUCCUCCUACCGUACUCAUCCUUUCGCAGUUCUGCGCGGCGGCACCAUAACGGGCUUGAUUGGCGAGCUUCUUGGCCGCCAGUGCGGUAUUUCGAAGGGUAAGGGUGGAUCAAUGCAUGUCUUCACCGAGUCUUUCCAGGGUGGACAUGGUAUUGUCGGUGCACAGGUUCCAUUAGGUGCGGGUCUUGCAUUCGCGGCUAAGUACCAGGAGAAGCCGGUCGCGACGUAUACUAUGUACGGUGAUGGUGCAAGUAAUCAGGGCCAGGUGUUUGAAGCAUACAACAUGGCGAAGUUGUGGAACUUACCAUGCGUUUUUGUUUGCGAGAACAACAAAUAUGGAAUGGGUACCUCCGCCGAGCGUAGCUCUUCGAACACUGAGUACUACACUCGGGGUGAUAAGAUCCCUGGUAUCCAGGCCAACGGCAUGGACGUUCUUGCAGUCGUGAAGGCCGUGCAAUAUACUAAGGACUGGGUUGUCAAUGGCAAUGGCCCUAUUUUACUGGAGUUUGUCACCUACCGUUAUGGUGGUCAUUCGAUGUCUGAUCCUGGAACGACUUACCGCACUCGUGAGGAAAUCCAGCGCAUGCGUAGCACUCAAGAUCCCAUCCGUGGCCUGCAACACUACAUUGAGGAGUGGGGCUUGGCAUCGGAAGAAGAGCUCAAGAAAAUGGAUAAAGAUGCGAAGGCAGAAGUCGAUGCCGCGGUUGAGGAGGCCAAGGCUUCUCCCUUCCCCGACGACUCGCAGCUCUGGACUGAUAUCUAUGCGGAGGGCACUGAGCCACCUUUUAUGCGUGGUCGGGAGCGAGAGGAGACCCAUGCCUUCUAA